AUGGUUGAAGUGCAAGUUUCGUAUGGAUUUAUCUUAUUUAAUGAUUAUGUGAUAAAAAGAAUAAAAUUAACCGUGUUUUUGUUUAAUAAUUAUAAUGAGAAUGUUUAACAUUAGUUUAAAUUGUCAAUUUGUGUUGAAAAUCAUUUCAUUAGUUUAAUGAGUCAUUAUAGGAUGCCAUGUCCUCCAAAUGAUACAUAUGAUUAAUAAUUAUGUAUAUUAAUCUUGAGUCAUUUUAUUUAUUCUCUAAGUUUAGAGACUUUGAAAUUAAUUAUUUAUGGAAGUUCUUAUGGUGUAAUAUAAAUAUUAAUUAAACUUGCUCUUAGCGAUUUUAUUAUGUAAACAAGAAAUUGGAGAAAGAAAAAAUAGCUUUUGGAAAAACUAGCUCGAAAAAAUGAAGCAAGUAAUAGAGCGAUAUAUAAUUGAUAGUAGCAUAGGCUAAAAAUGACCAGUAGUUAUCUGAAAGUAAUAGGGAGUUUUUCUAGAAGUUCUAGAAUUUCUAUGAAAACGUCAAGGACAUAUCGAUUCCGUCCUUAUAGUAAUGUAUUUUUGUAUUCAGGUUUCUGUAAGAAUAAUUUCAUAUUUCCGAAUUAUUAACUGACCAACAAGUAUACUAAUUACAAAUGGAUUUACAUCAACAAUGGACUCCGAAGUUGAGAAAGAAUUGGACUGAUGACGACAAAUAGAUUCUCAUUUGGAUUGUAUUAAAAAUUUGUGCAAGAGAUGGAAUUAGCAUACGGAAAAUAGUAAAUUUUGAAGUAAUUUAAGCAUAAUAAGAUUUGGGAAGAGGUAGUAAUGUUGCUUAGUCGACGUACAGUUGAAUAAUGCAAAAAUAAAUGGAAUGACUUAUUGAAAUUAUCAUUAUAAUAAAUUCCAUGGACUGAAGAAUAAGAUAUACUUUUGCUUGAUUUAAUUAGGUUAAUUUGAUUUUAAUAUAUUAGAAAAAGCAAAGAGGAAGGUAAAUAGAACAAAUGGUGCAGAUUGGCCAAUUUACUCAAUCAGCACUUUAAGGAAUCUCCAAGAACUGGGAAGCAAUGCAGAGAAAGAUGGAAUAACCAUUUAAAUCCUGACAUAAAUCGACAUCCUUGGAAUAUUGAAGAAGAUAUUGAGUUGUUAGAAAUUGUAAAAAAACACCAUAGAAAAUGGGCUUUUAUUUCAAAAAAUUUAAAGACCAAAAGAAGUGAAAAUGCAGUUAAAAAUAGGUUUAAUUGUUUACUUAAAAAAAACCAUUGCACUUCAAUUACAACCCUCAUUAACAUGUUAAAAAAUAGAUUUAAAACUGAGAAUCCCACUAUUCCUUUAUCAGCCCUUAAGAAAUAGAAGGUGUAUCACUAUUAUUAAAAGGAUCAGGAUCCUUAAAGAUAAUAAUAUAUUAAUUAAUAAACAAAUCAAACAUCAUUUGCGAUUGAAAUAUUUGAUAACCUGAAUUUAAGCGACCUAAAAAACCUUUAGCCAGCAUUUUACAAUUCAAAAACUCAAACCAUUAUUAUGAGUUCUAAAUAGCAAUUAUAGACUUUCCUUAAUAAUCAAGUGAUUAAAGUUGAGAGUGGCUUAAAUAUGAACUUUUUUAGUGAAAUGAAUAUUUAGCAACCAGAACUUUCAAAUCAUAAUUCCAGUGUCCUUAAUAUCAAUGAUUCUUCAAAUUUUGUAAGGUAUGUACCAUGUAUGAUUCCUAAUUUGGUAUCACAAUAAACAGGGAAUGAGGAUAAAAAGUAUAUUAUAACAUUAAUUUUAGAUCUCAAUUCAAUAUUCCUGGAUUAAAGACCUAGAACAGCCAAUAACAGGCAUUAUUAAGAAAUAAGAAUUGUAGUUCUUUCACAUUCUUUUCAAAUUAAUAAUAACGGGACAGUACAGAAAAAUCAAUUUAAAAUACUAGUCCAUUAGAAUAGCGAGAUUUAAUUGCAAUGAAUAAAUUAUAGGUGGAAUUCACGGCAAAUGAGUGA